AUAAGAUGAGACUUGAGUGAUGAAGAGAGAAUGUCAGGGAAAGAAGAGAGAGACUCCUAUCAGGGUGGUACAACGAACAGGGAAAGAGCUAUCGGGGCAGGAAUUGAAGGGCUGUUUUUGAGGGUGUGAAGAGGACAGAUUUUCCAGCGAGAGACAGAGACAAUGUGCCUUCGCGCAUCAUCGUUUGCGCAGCUUUCCCAUCCUGAGAGGAGUGAAGCUGUGUGUUGGACUCGGGUGAUUGUGGCUGUGAGUACGAGCUCGAUAGCUGGCUGAUGCAGAGCGUCAGUUUGCAUCACGACAGAUUCCAUUGAACGUCGUACCCGGUACAGUGUGAAAUAGUGAUGGUGUGUAAUUCGUGGUGACUGAUUUGGUUAUAUAGUAUUAUCCAAAAUGCUGAUUCUGUUCUGUACUAUCUGUUACUAAAACAUCAGUGACUACAUGACUAGUUUAAAAAAUGCACAGUGCCAUGAAAAACUCGACUAAUUAUUGUGCGUGAGUUGAGUUGAUUGAUAAUGAGGUGAAGUUGUUUCGUUGAUGGAUGUAACGAUGGAUUACAUUCGCGAAUUCGACAUUCGUCUCGACAGAGAAAUGUAUUACGCCGGCGAGGUGUUGGCAGGACAUGUACUGCUGGACACUGUUGAGAACUUCAAGCUCAGAUCUGUUCGAGUGGUGCUGAGGGGUAAAGCCCAUGCCGAAUGGAAAGUGCUUGUGAGUGGAGAUAGGAGAAAUGUCAAAGAUGACCAAUACUUCAUUGAUGACAGAGCCAUUAUUUGGGGAAAAGAUAAACCGGAGGGCAACAUUCCGAUUCUCCCCCGGGGCCAACAUCAAUUUCCGUUCAGAUUCCAGCUGCCGGAGAGCUCGCUACCCUGCUCCUUCGAAAGCAAGCCCGGCUUCAUAAGAUAUUACAUCAAGGUGACAGUGGAUAUACCCUAUGCAUCGCCACCUCAAGGCAUGAAAUACUUUACAAUCAUCGGCCCCCACAUAGACUGUAUGGAUGAACAGUAUUUGAAACCAAUGGUAGGUCAGGACAAAAGAACGACAUGCUGCCUCUGCUGUGAGAAAGGUCACGUGGUGCUGAGAACCCAGCUGGAAAGAUCGGCCUACGUUUGUGGCGAAUCUAUUAAGCUCAAAGCAAGCGUCGAUAAUCAGGGUGAAGAGGAAGUACGCCUAAAAGUCAAACUAUUACAGCACGUGGAAUACUUCAUAGACCGAGGUGUUUUGGGUGUGACCAAAGAGCUGCAGCAUUUAGUACUGGAGUACCAGGGUGAUUCAGUGAAACCUAACACUAGGACAAAAUGGGACUCGGCACAAAGUCUGGUGGUCCCAGUCAUGCCUCCCUCGCUCAUUGGCAUCUGCCGGCUCUUGCAGAUUUAUUAUGUUCUAAAGGUAAAUUUGGAAUUUCAAAAAUCACAAUUCAUGACUCACAGCGAUUUCCUAUCGCUUACCUAUCUAUCACCAAAGAAAUCAUUCGUUUUCGCUAACCUUACUAUUAAAUCCUCAUUUUCAUCGUUUACAGAAGUGGCGUGUGACCACGUGGAAGGCGGUCUCUACAUCGGACCCGAGUUCCUCUUGGGCCAGGUUUACGAUGGCAGUUGCAGCACCCAGGAGGUGCGAGAAACAGUUGUGCUCUACCGGCCCGUAUACGUGAGUGUAGCACGCAACGUGCCCACGUCAGACUAG